AUGUCCGGUAGUGAUGGGGUAGGGCUCUGGGCUCGACUUUCAGAAGGGUUGCGGCGGUAUAGCGAUCGCGAGGGGGGAUUGGUCUUUUUUGAAUGCACGGAAGAUGUCAACGACGCACAAUCUUUUGCUUACAACUACCUCCCUAUCAUCAUCUCCCUCAUACUCAUCUUGGCCUGGACCGUGACGGAUUUCGAUGUUCUUCGGCUGGAACCUUAUUUUCAAUUAUCCCGACCCGAGGGAGCGCCAGCGACCGUUCUUUUCAUCAACUAUAACUUCGGCCAAACUAUUCUCACGCCGAUCAAUGCCGUGAUCCGCCGCCACUGGGUAGUGUUCUGGGUUUCCUUUGUCACGCUCUUGGUCCGAAUGAUUCUUCCCGCUCUGCAGAGCGCGGUAUUUGAGCUACGCGAGGUGACGGUAAUCGACGACAGCACCAUAAGAAGCUGGUCUGACCUGGUGGAUUUGGACACACAAGCAAACUUGAUCUCGAUGCAAGCCGGUGUUCUUCACGACGUUUUUUCUUCAAAUGAAUUAUCAUCCCGGUCCCGAUCCGCCAAAUACGCCAUGGCGCCCGUGGAGAUUCCUGAUAGCGAGCGAGACGACAGAACGAUGUGGAUUGUGCACCAGACGCUUUAUUGGGCGCAUCUUUCAUGCGAGAAUGUCCUUAUUGGGGAUACGCUCACCGUUGCUAUCCAUGAGCCCGAGGACGCUCAUCCAACAAUUUCUUGGAACGCCAGUAGCAUUGAUGUGGAUAAUGCGAAUAGAGGGGACACGAAAUGUUCACUCGACUUUCAAUACGAGAGUGUCUUUUUCCCUGGCACUGAUUACCUCCAAAUACGUUAUUGGGAGCCGAUGAUCAGUGCUGCAACAAAAGAAGCAUUUCCAAACCGAACCCAGGCCUUCACGGAAUUUGGCUGUGAUCCGUAUGAUCUAUAUGGUAUGCUCAUCGGAGUCAAUAUCACCAGUCCAAGCUCGACUUCGACCGCAACCGAGUACUCCGCGUCUGGUACGGCUUUUGCCUGUGACAUAAUUUAUCACAAAGCGGAAGCUCAAGUGACUAUGCACUCCAACACCACCAUAAUAUCUAUUAAAGUCGAUCAGGCCACCACCCGCGAGCUCACGAAAGCCGAAUUCAACAUUGAUCAUUUCCAAGCUCUGCUGUCUCAACGCGCCCCGUUUACCAGUGACAUGCUCUUCAUCCACGAAAAUGCUACCGCGGGGGAUCGCACAGUUACAGAACUCCCAAUCAUCAGCCAGGAGCUGGGGGAUAUCCAGCCUCUGUUAGUGCUCGACACAUCGACUGUCAUGACAAAGGGUGAAUUCGAAUUCAAGAUUGCGCGGGACGUCAAGCAGACUUUCAUCCUCACACUCGGUCAUAUGUUUGACCCUGAUAGUGUACCCAAGGACCUCCCGGCCGAGCGCGUGUCGAACAAAGUAGCUAUCGCUGUCGUCGAUUUUGCUGCCCUUUGGUCCGAGCUCAUUCUUGCCCUAGCCACUUUGACUACAGUUUACCUCCUUUACAUGUAUAGUUCACGUGAACUGUUUCUCCAAAGCGACCCAGGUUCCAUAGGUGCCAUGUGUAGUAUUGUCGCCGAUAUUUUUCACCCGUCCAACAUACUCGCAGAGCCACUGGCUGAACUUCAUCAAUUCUCCACUCGGCAACUUCGUCGCAUCUUCAAAAAUGCACGGUGUUACUGGCGACCUGGUCCUUCUGGUAACAGGCUGGAUGUUGUCGCCGAAGAUGGCUCCCCGGUCCAGCUUGGCGAAAAUCUCAAAACCCGAGUUGAUCCGAUGCCUCACUUUCUCGUAAUUCCUUUCUUCCUUGUUGAAUUCUUGGCACUAGCUGGGGUGAUUAUCCUCAUUGUACUAGUGGUCGCCUCUUUGCUUCGAAACGGCCGCUUUAGCCACAUGACCCAAUCAGACUCGAGCGCAUUCCAGGUUAUCCUUUCCUGUCUACCAUCCGUCGUCGCAUCGUCUGUCGGAGCUCUAUGUACCUCCAUUCACCGAAACCUCAGCGUCUUGGAGCCUUGGGUCCACCUGCAACGCGGCAAUGCCUCGGCGAGGACGUCGUUGUCACUGAACUACUCGUCUCAAAGUCCGCUCGCCAUCUUCUUCAAAACAGUUCGGAACCGGCAACAUUUGCUGUGUCUUGUUUCAACUGCGUGCGUCUUAAACAUGGCUUUAACUGUGGUUGCGGGUGCGCUUUUCACUCAAGUAUUGACAAGCUCAACAUUGGAGACCAGCGAUUUGUCAAUGAACUACAGCCAAUCUGUAUUCUGGCAGACUGACUUCGCGGCAGAAUUUACUGAGUAUGAUUUGAUUCAGAGCAGCAUCAGCAGCGGAUCACCUAUGCUCUCUUGGACUGGCUCAGAUCAAUCUUUUGUCCCAUUGCACGUGUCCAAUCCCGACCCAGACGUGACUUACAGCGCCUCAACGCUUGGGGUUGGAGCUGAGCUCAAGUGUCAAUCACUUUCGUUGGACUCCCUUGUCUAUGAUAAAAUCACAGGUCUCUCAUAUUGGCGAUAUGAACUAUUUGACAAUUCCUCCAUGGAAUGUAUGGCAAGCAUGCCACCACUAAAGAGCAAAGAGGAAGGAAUCUUGUUAUCUAUUCAUUUCUUGUCUCCAGAUGACACCGAGGAAUCGGACAUCUGCCAGACAUCGACGGUUCUAGUUGUCGGCCGUUGGGAUUAUCUGCCGAGCUCCCCGAUCACGGAUAACAAUACAAUUGCAUUGCACUGUGAACCCCAGGCGAGACUGCAAACGUAUUCUAUCUCUUUCGACCAGAAGGGGCAGAUCGAAUCGUAUGGCCCUAUUCCCAAAACAUCCAUCGCUGAUGGAACCAUGUACGACAAUGCAACCGUGAGUCUCGGUCAGUUCAACAAAGUCUUCGCGGCUAUCCCUAACAGCUUUGUUGGCAAUACUUCCAUGCAGAAUGGAACGUACAACAUUUCUUCCUACGACUGGGCAGGUUUCCUUGUUGCCCGCCUGUACGAGCACGCAGAUCCCAGCUUUGACGCCCUGGACUCCGUUCUUUUGACCAAGAUUACUGGCACCAUAUAUCAAUUAGUCUACAGCACCUACUUCUCCAUUUGGCGCGAUAUCUACCUCGAACCCCUUGCUCACCCGGUCCCGGCCACAGAUGCCACCAUUACCCGCGUCACCUGGCGCAUGGUUCCGUCGGUUCCAUCACUUUCCAUCGCUCUCGUCAUCAUCGUCUUUGAUACGAUAGUCGUGCUUUUAGUGUUCGGAACACGACGUGGCCGGUUCAGUGGACCCCGAAUGCCGCGCUCCAUUGGAGCCAUCAUUCCCUGGAUUUCGCACAGCCAAAUGCUUCAUGAUUUUACCGAUACACUUACCUGGAGCAGUGCCCAACGGCAUGCUCAUCUCAUGUCCCUGAACAAACGAUAUGGUUUCCGUAAGUUCAUGGGUGCCGAUAACCGCUGGCGGUUCGCCGUCGAUCAGGAAACAGAGAAUGUCAAACCUGCCAGUUCCCCGGACGGAGCCCCAGAAGUGGAGGUGGACAAGUCUACCUCCAUUCAGCUACAGGAGAUCCGAAGUCCACCAUCUCCUUCUCUUCCUCCUCGAACCUGA